GACCCUUGUCUCAUUAUACAGUCCCCCUCUCAUGGCCAAUUUUCACCCCUUCCCAUGGCUGACGAAAUAAAUGGCUGCAGAGAGCUGAUGGGGUUUCUUCUGGGAAAGUCAAGCCACUGAUGGAAGGGAGAAGCCACUGCUGGUUAUAGAGAGAAAGCACGACCCUUUCCAAGGCAGCGGCGGCGCGGGCGCUGUCCAGCGUGCUGAAGCCGGAGCGAGAGCGCUGUUGCUGACCCAGCUGAGCCCAGCUUCUAGGACGCCAGCCCUCGACCAUCGCUCAUACUCCAGCCACGGAACGGAGCCAAGGCGGACCGGUCCCGAUUUUCCCCCUGCCCCGACCCUCCUCUCCACCUCCCGCCGUCGUGACACCGGCUGUCUCUGGCAGCCCGUUGGUCAUGAAAACCUUCACGUUGCCGGCAUCCGUCCUCUUCUGCUUCCUUCUACUGAUCCAGGGGUUGGGAGCAGCGCCCCCCGGGCGCCCCGAUGUUUUUCCUCCUCCCCUCGGCUCUGAGCAUAAUGGGCAGGUAGCUGAGGACGCAGUGUCCCGGCCAAAGGAUGACAGCGUCCCAGAGGUCCGAGCUGCUCGGAAUCCCGAGCCUCAGGACCAGGGAGAGCUCUUCCAGGGCGUGGAUCCCCGGGCGCUGGCCUCGGUACUGUUGCAGGCACUGGACCGUCCGGCCUCGCCCCCGUCGGUCCCGGGAGGUUCCCAGCAGGGAACACCCGAAGAAGCAGCAGAAGCUCUGCUGACCGAGUCCGUGCGCAGUCAGACCCAUAGCCUCCCAGCACCAGAAAUCCAAGCGCCCGCUGUGGCCCCCCCUCGCUCUCAGACUCAAGACCGCGAUCCCGAGGAGGACGACCGCUCAGAAGAGCUGGAGGCGCUAGCAUCCUUGCUCCAAGAACUUCGAGAUUUCAGCCCGAGCAAUGCUAAGCGCCAACAAGAGACGGCGGCAGCAGAGACUGAAACCCGCACGCACACGCUGACCCGAGUCAAUCUGGAGAGCCCUGGGCCAGAGCGCGUGUGGCGCGCUUCCUGGGGAGAGUUCCAGGCGCGCGUUCCGGAGCGCGCUCCUCUGCCGCCCCCGGUCCCUUCCCAAUUCCAGGCUCGAAUGUCCGAAAGCGCUCCCCUUCCAGAAACUCAUCAGUUCGGGGAAGGAGUGUCCUCCCCUAAAACACAUUUAGGUGAGACUUUGACACCCUUAUCCAAGGCGUAUCAAAGUCUAGGUGGCCCUUUCCCUAAGGUGCGCCGGCUCGAGGGCUCAUUCCUGGGCGGCUCCGAGGCAGGAGAGCGCCUGCUUCAGCAAGGGUUAGCUCAGGUAGAGGCAGGGAGGAGACAGGCAGAGGCCACCCGGCAGGCCGCGGCGCAAGAAGAGCGGCUGGCCGAUCUCGCCUCCGACCUGCUGCUCCAGUAUCUGUUGCAGGGCGGAGCCCGNCAGCGCGAUCUCGGGGGUCGCGAGCUGCAGGAGACGCAGCAAGAGCGGGAGAACGAGAGGGAGGAGGAGGCGGAGCAGGAGAGACGAGGUGGUGGGGAGGACGAUGUGGGGGAAGAGGAUGAGGAGGCGGCGGAGGCGGAGGCGGAGGCNGAGGAGGCGGAGAGGGCGCGGCAGAACGCACUCCUGUUCGCCGAGGAGGAGGACGGGGAAGCCGGAGCCGAGGACAAACGCUCCCAGGAGGAGGCGCCAGGCCAUCGGCGGAAGGAUGCUGAGGGGGCAGAGGAGGGCGGGGAGGAGGAUGACGACGACGAGGAGAUGGAUCCGCAGACGAUCGAUAGUCUCAUUGAACUGUCCACCAAACUCCACCUGCCAGCAGACGAUGUGGUCAGCAUCAUCGAAGAGGUGGAGGAGAAACGGAAGCGGAAGAAGAACGCCCCUCCCGAGCCGGUGCCGCCCCCCAGGGCUGCCCCAGCCCCGACCCGUGUCCGCUCUCCGCAGCCCCCACCUCCCGCCCCGGCCCGGGAUGAGUUGCCGGACUGGAACGAAGUGCUCCCACCCUGGGAUCGGGAGGAGGAUGAGGUGUUUCCCCCGGGGCCCUAUCACCCCUUCCCAAACUACAUUCGGCCGCGGACACUGCAGCCGCCCGCAUCCUCCCGCCGCCGUCACUUCCAUCACGCGUUGCCACCUGCGCGCCACCAUCCGGAUCUGGAGGCCCAGGCCAGGCGCGCGCAGGAGGAAGCGGACGCGGAGGAGCGCCGGCUGCAGGAGCAGGAGGAGCUGGAGAAUUACAUUGAGCACGUGCUGCUGCACCGCCCGUGACCCGCCCCGGCCCCGCCUCCGCGCGCUCGCUCCCAGCUGCGCGCGCCACCACGCCCCCCUCCGUGUCGCUCCUCCUCCCCCCUCAGUGUUUGCAUGCGCCCUGGCUCCGCCCCUCGGCUGCCGCCCGGCCCCGCCCCACAAGGCCCCGCCCCGGGUUCUGUCGGCACCGGACCUGCCAGACUUCCCUGGGGUCUGCAGUCUAGAACACGCAAAACUCGCAGGCAAUCCCGGGGCCAGCCCAGGCGGGUGUGUGGUUUGUGCGAGUCCCCUUAUAUCCCCACUUCCUCCAGGGGCCUCGUCCCCAUCUAGUUUCUCUAGCGACUUCCCAGUCCCAGACGGGAAAGGCUGUUCUAUUUAAUCGUGUGAAGUGUCUGUCUCCCAGCCUUGGGGCCCCCGGAGCCUCCCCUCUUCUCCAAAUUGCUGUGAACUUACCCACUUCUCCUUCUCUGUUGUAAAUACCCCUCACGGAGGAAAUAGUUUUGCUAAGAAAUAAAAGUGACUAUUUUAUUAGGA